CGAUAGUUGAUGUUCCUUUUGUCGUCCAAAAGGGGAAGGCAGUGGGAAUGAUUACUGAAGUUGACUCGCAUCGCUCCUGUUUCUUCCGGAAACCCCGAUACUAGCAGCACUACUCCGUAGAAUACAGCUCUGAUCAUCCAUUUCCCAAUUAUUUUUCUUCUAUUUUCUUGCUAUCUUUGCUGCUACUCGACGAGGGCAUUUGGUCUAUUACCAAGAUGGAGUCUUUAAGCUAUUAUUUGGAGCCUAGGGGUCCUCCUAUUUCAGAAGAUAUUGGGUUACCGGUUGAUCUUCUUGCAAGGAAUAAGAAUCAUGUAAAGGAUUGGGAUCAUAAAGCACUUUCUGAUUUUUAUAAGAACAUGCCGAGUUUUGAUAGAGAAACAGUUGACAACAUGGAAGUUUUGGAGACAGACUUCUCUAAUAGAACAGAAAAAUUGCUUUUUGCUAAUCCUGGUCUGGGAUCUUCUACUGAUAAGACUAAUGAUGACUCUACCAAUGUGAUAGCAUCUACCUCUAUGGUUAAUUUUGAUCCAUUCCUUUGGGAGGGAUGUGCUUCAAAAAUUUCUGCAGCUGCUGCUGAGACUCGUACUCAGAAAGAGUCAAAAUUUGAUCCAAAGUUGGAGAGACAAACAGAUUCCAGAGAAGCUGAUAGUUUAUCUUGUUCAAAAGAAAAUUUGGUUUCAUCAUUGGUGGAAGAUUCGUUGCCAGCUAAAAGAGCUCGGACCACUAAUUUGCAUUCUCAGUUUCCUGUAUGCCAAGUGCAUGGCUGUAACAAGGACCUCAGUUCCUCAAAGGACUACCACAAAAGGCAUCGAGUAUGCGAUGUUCACACAAAGACUGCUAAAGUUAUUAUAAAUGGCAUUGAAAAAAGAUUCUGUCAGCAAUGCAGUAGGUUCCAUUUGCUUACAGAAUUUGAUGAUGGUAAACGUAGUUGUCGGAAACGUCUGGCAGGCCACAAUGAAAGAAGAAGAAAGCCUCAACUGGGUGCUCACUUAGGUUCUGAGUUCUUGGAGAUGACUUUACUUAAGAGAACAUCAUUCCUUUCUCCAGAGACAUUUCCUGCUGGCUUCUUUUAUCAGGAAAGAUUCGAGAAAGAUAAUCAUGGCAGGCACUUCAAAUAUGUAGAGUUACCAAUUGACAACUCUCAGUCAGCUGUUGCCCUGAUGAAUGGUCAGUCUGGUCGUGUACCAAUUGCAGAUCCACACAUCAUCCAGAAACAACAGUCUCCUGGAACAUGUAUUGAUACAGCAGUAGCAGUUGAAUUGUCUGUGAUCCGAGACUCCAGUAGUGCUCUCUCUCUUCUGUCAACUCAAUCACAGAAUACAUCUAGUGGUGCAGCAGGCAUUUCUAUGGCUCUACCUCCAGUAAAUGGAGUAAGACACCAUGCUUACGAGUCAACAAAGCAAAAUUCUGCGAAGAAUCUAGGAAUUAAUACUGCAAAAGGCUCUGCAAGUAGUGGCUAUUCAUGUGGGACGAUCGAUGAGGAAGGAAUGGUAAGGGUUCGUGAUGGCAGCAUGCCUGUUUCCUUCAGAGUCCAGAGAGAAGGAACUUUUCAAGUAUCAGAUUAUAGGCAUGCCAACUGUAGUCCUUCUCUUGAAGUUGGGACUCUUGAUCUGCUACAAUUGUCUACACAUUUGAAAAGAGUGGAGCAGCAGAGGAAUUUUUUGCAAGUGGAGGAGGAAAACGAGACUUUCUGCUGCUCUUCUAAUUUGUAAAGGGUAUUGCUUACUCAAGCUGUGAAUAUGUAUGUGUAGUGGAUGAUCUGCAUGUGUGUGUCUCUGCAUUUGGUUGUAAAGAAGAGAAGGUGAUGACCUGAAUAUUGAACUUCUACCAGUUUCCUAGUUGCUAAAAGAAAUGAUUAAAAUGUGAUAGGGGAUAUCAAGAUAGGGGAAAAGGAGCAAAGGGGCAAGUUCAGCUCAAAUUUUCAUGGCCUUCAAAAACCAUUGAACUGUCUCAAAAUUUCUGUGCAUUUAAGUAUGUUCAGCUUAGUUCAUAGGAUGUGCGAUUUUAGGAUUAGUUCAUAGUAGUUCUUGAAUAUGUUGUCAUCAUUGCAAAUUUGUUGUUAAUGGUAAUGUAUAAUAAUGUCUUUGCUGCCAAGAGGGCAAGUUUUUU